UGAGGGGAGGGCGGGGAGCGCCGGGGCGGGCUUUCCGCGCCCCAUGGUUUCGCCCCGCUCUGCCCGCUCGGGCGGCGGCAUGGCGGGCGGGCUGCGCGCCCCGCUGCUGGCCGUGCUGGCGCUGUUGCUGGCUGCCGGCCGGGCGGCUCUCGCAGUAUCGUUUUAUGGUAAUAGUUUUGUGGCAUUGAAGAUGGCAGAAGCAUCCUAUCAGACAACCUUACAGUUACAGUUUCUAACAAACAAGCCACAUGGAUUGCUCUUUCUUGCAGCUGGGAAGAAAGAUUAUUGUUUGAUAGAGUUACAGUCAGGAAAUCUGCAGUUGAGAAUUAACUUUGGCAUGGGAGAACAAAUACUGCGUUCUCGGCAAAGAUCUCAUCUGAAUGAUUUAGCUUGGCAUUUGGUUGAACUGCAUCAUGAACGUGAUAAUGUCACAUUGUUAAUUGAUAAAAAUGAUAGGACUACUACAAAAAUGCCUGGAUUUCUCCAUGAAUUAAAUAUUGAUCACGGAUUCUACCUAGGUGGUACUAUUGAACUUGACGUUCCUUACCUUGUUGGAGCACUGCCCAGCUUUCGAGGAUGUAUUGAUAAUGUAUUAUUUAAUCAGCUAGACAUUCUGAUGCCCCUGAGAUCUUCUGACUUUAAAAAAAUCCAUGAAGUUUCAGUAGGAUGUAGUGAUGAAUUCUUUGCAGGUGAAGAUGAACCCAUCAGUUUUUUCAGUUCCAGAUCCUAUAUUUCUUUCCCAUUAUGGAAUGUUGAUGGUGAGGGAAUCUUGGAGUAUGCAUUGCAAACCUCAGCUGCACAUGGCUUGCUGCUUUAUCAUCCUGGGCAAGAAGGAGAUUUCGUUGCAAUGGCAAUGGAAGAUGGAUUGAUUAAAGCCUAUACUGGAAAGCAUAAAAGUAGAACCCAGCUUUCCUCUCAUAGGUUGGUCAAUGACAGUCAUUGGCAUUAUAUUAAGCUGAAAUUUACUGCAGAAUAUUUACAACUGACACUGGAUAAAGAAACUGUGAAAAAAUCAUUCCCUCCCCAAAACGGGCUGCCACUUCUGAAGGGGUCUCUCUUUGUAGGUGGUGUAGAUGACAGUAAACGAUCAGAAGUGAUUAAGUUAGAGCUAACUUCCAUGUCUGGGAAGUAUGCCAGAGGAAGGUCCUUCAGAGGUUGCUUAAGAGACCUAAAAGUCAAUUCAGAAAAGAAGUCACUGAAGAAUGUUCAAGUAACAAAGGAUAUUUCAGCUGGAUGUGAAACACAAAAUGCUUUUAAUACAAAUCUUUCUUUAGAGAUGGCUGUAAGAUAUCCUACUGUAAAAGCAGCCCCAACACUUGCCAUUUCCCCUGAAAAUUCUCUGGGAUGGGAAGAUAAAAGCCACCUUUUAGUUCUGAGUAACUUGAUUGUUCAAGAAGGUGGACAAGCCUCCCUUGAAUCUAAACAUAUUAAGGUCAACUUAGACUUUCAGAAAUUAGGGAUUAAUCAAUCACAAAUUCUUUUUGAAAUAAAGGAACCACCAUCUCAUGGUAACUUGAAACUAGAUAUUGAACCAGUGCAGGAGGUAAAUAUGUUUACUUUGCAGGACGUGUGGCAAGGGAAGAUUCUGUACAUCCAUGGUGGCUCUGAAGACACUUACGAUUAUUUUAAUUUCUCAAUUUCUGCAAACAGUAGAAAGAUUGUGCCUCCAUAUUUGCAAAGAAAUGAGGAGUAUAUGUUUAGCAUUACCAUCACUCCAGUAAAUGAUGCUCCUGAGAUCACACUUGCUGAGGGAAACUUGCUUCUUUUGAUAGAAAACUCGAAGAAACGUUUGACUGGUGACUUGAUAAAAGUAUUAGAUAAUGAUACAGAUCCUCUGGACCUCAGUCUUUCAGUGCUUGGAAAUCUUAAUGCAAAUGCAGGAUAUUUAGAAAAUUCAAAGCAUCCUGGAAAGGCUAUUACUACUUUUUCUAAUGAGGACUUAAGAAAAGGCAAUGUUUUCUUUGUCCACACAGGUGUCAGGAACUCAAGGAUUGUUCUGAGGGCAAACGAUGGUGAGAAAGUGAGCAACACUAUCGUGUUACGUGUCAUGGCAAUUCCUUUGGAUUACAAAGUUGUUAGCAACCCAGGAAUAAAACUUGUCCAGGGUGCUACAGCUCUAAUCACACCCAGGCAUCUGACAGUUGAAACAAAUGCCAACCUCCAAGAGCUGGAGAUACGGUAUGAGAUCACAGAUGCACCUCAGUUUGGGGAAGUUCAAAGGCAGCAUUCAAGGGGGGAAUGGAAGCAAGCCAACUCUUUCUCUCAACGCUCCAUUCAGCGCAGCCGUGUGAGAUACUGUAGCACUUUUAAAGAAAUUCAGCUGGAAAAUAUUACUGACAAAUUUAAAUUCAAAGUUAGCAUAGGAAACAGAAUCAGUGAAGAGUAUGUGUUUCCAAUCCAAGUGAAGUGGUUAAGGUACAGUUUAUUGAAAUAUACUCCUCUAGACAUUGAAAAAUCUAAAAAGAAAUACUUGAAUUCAGAUAAUCUUUUUGCUGUGCUUGUGGGUCAAGAAAUACCUGAAGAUGAGCUUCAUUUUAAAUUGCUGUCCUUACCAACGAGUGGACAAAUACUGCUUAAUGACCAGUCUUUGAAAAAAGAUUCAGUCUUUAGCCAAAAAGAUAUUGCUGAUAAAAAAGUGGCGUAUGAGUUUAUCAGCAAUUGUGAAGACAACCACGAUUCAUUUAAAUUCCUCAUCUCUACAAAGUAUCUGGAAUCAAAUAUCUUUGACUUUGAAAUAUACAUAAAAUCAGACUUUAGAAACAUAAUUUUAAUUAAUAAUGGCUUAACUGUUACUGAAGGUGAAGGAGAAUUAAUAACAAGCACAAAGUUGUUUGUGCAAACGCUGGAUAAUAAAACUUUCCAAUAUACAGUUUUGAAGUUUCCUAAACAUGGGAAAUUAAAGCUCAUUAGUUUUUCAGAGUCAUUUGAGAGUAAUGGCAAUCUCACCACUUUCACUAAUAAAGAUAUAACUGAUAAGCGCCUUAUGUAUGUGCAUGAUGAUUCUGAGACAGUGUUUGAUGAAUUUCUUGUCAGAGCUUCCAAUGAAGAAUCAAUGGAAUGGACAAACUUUGAUUCUGAAGUAGGACUUUCCUCAGUAGAAGUUAGAUUCAACAUUUCUGUCCAACUGAAGAAUGAUGAAAAGCCAGUACGUGUUGUUGAUAAAGUGUUUAACAUAGUGAGGAAUGGACAGCGAUUAUUAACUUUGGCAGAUCUUUGCUAUCAUGAUCCUGAUUCUGAUUUUGAAGAUGGGCAGCUGCUAUACACCAGACGUGGCAUUUCCAAUGGGGAUUUGGUGCUAACAAAUGAUUCGUUGCACCAACUCUAUCAAUUCAAACAAGCAGACCUGGAGCAAAAGCAAGUCUUGUUUAUACACCGUGGUGCAGAUUUCGGGCGUUUUGUACUCUUUGUGACAGAUGGAAAACACUAUACGUCUUUCCUUCUAGAAGUUAAUGCCACCGAUCCUUAUGUUAGCUUGGCAAAUAAUACAGGCCUGUUGGUUCAAAAAGGAAAAGAGGAAGUUAUUACAACAGCUAACCUAAGCGCCAUUACAAACCAAGACAUCAGAAAUGAUCAUGAGAUUACAUUUGAGAUAACCACUUUCCCAAAAUAUGGAAGAAUAUCUGUAAAUAGUUUAAUGAUAGACUCUUUCACUCAGCUCGAUCUGAUAAGGGGGUACGUGAUCUACAGGCAUGAUGACAGCAACAACCUUAUUGACACAUUUAACUUUACAGUCUGUGCUAAAGAUGUCCAUCUUGAUGCUGCUAUGUAUGUUCGCAUGUAUUUGGAAAGUCAUCAGUGGCCACCAAAGAUUGUGAACAAUAGCACUCUCUUGGUUGAAGAAGGAAAACCGGUUAAAAUCAGUAAAGGAAAACUGCAAGUUGCCCAUGAAAACAGUUCUCCAUCUGAGAUUGUGUUCACAGUAAGACAACUUCCAGUACAUGGGUAUAUUCGGAAGUUUUCAUCAGAAGGGAGUUAUCUUGGUGCCGACCAAAAGCCGGUUCUGACCUUCACACAGCAAGAUGUUGAUGAGGGCAAAGUUCAGUAUGUGCAGACAGUUUCUGACCAACUAAGUGACCGUUUUUCUCUGGAUGUGACCAAUGGUAUCCAAACAGUGAAUGGAAUAGAAAUCUCAGUUGACAUUAUUCCCAGAGUGAUUCCCUUGAAAGUAAAGAACUUCACAGUAAUUGAAGGUGGCUCAAAAGCCCUAGUGGAAGACUAUCUAAAAAUUUCUAGUAGACACUUUGCAGGACUCAGCUGUGAAAUUAUUUUAGUUGACCAGCCAAACCAUGGGUAUUUUGAAGAUUUGAAUGCUCCUGGAAUAAAGUUAAACAAAUUUACGAAAAAACAGGUGGAACAAGAAUUAAUCUACUAUGUUCAUGAUGGCAGUGAGGAACUAAUGGACAAUUUUACCUUUAUAGUUAAUAACACAGAAUUACGGAAACAAAGCUUGCCCCAAACAAUGUUUGUAACAGUUACUGCAGUAAAUGAUGAAACUCCUGUUAUAAAAAUUAACAGAAUUCUUCAGGUUUGGGAGGGUUCAGUCACAGAAAUAACUAUUGACGACCUCUGUGCAGAAGAUAAGGACUCCUCACCAUCAGACCUGAUAUAUUCAAUUACACCACCUAGCAAUGGGUACUUGGCACUGAAGUCUUCUCCAAACAAGAGCAUCCUUAGUUUUACUCAGGCUCAUAUAAUUGAAGGGCAGCUGGUAUUUGUACACAAUGGGGCAAUGUCUGGAGGCUUCAACUUUCAGGUAACAGAUGGUUUAAACUUUGCACCACGACAGAUUUUUAGCAUCACAGCUCAGACUCUAGUCAUUAGCCUUGAAGUAAACAAAGGACUCAGAAUCUUCCCAGGUUCCAGGAAACCUAUUUCACAACAUGAUCUGAAAGCUGUAACCAGUGACGUGACCAACGCAGGAAACAGAACUAUAACUUUUAUGAUUGUAGUUUCCCCCAAACUUGGAAGGCUGAUCAGAAUAAAUUCUGAUAAUACCACCCAGGAAAUCCUCAGUUUUACACAGUCUAUGGUGAAUGAAGGUGUGAUCAUGUAUGAGCACUCAGAUGCAGAGUCAGCUGACUGGAGUGCAGAAGAUUUCUUUACAUUUACUGUCUCCUCUCCACCAUCAGCUCUGGACCCUCAGAUGUUCCAUAUUGUCAUCUCAUAUGAAAUUCCCAGGCAUGAUCGGAACAGUCGUCUUCUAGCAAAUACAGGUACUAUAGUCCAGGAAGGAGGUAGAAUAUUAAUCAACAGAACAAAUUUAGAUGCUUCAAAUCUACUGAUUAAGCUACCUGAAGUACAACGCUCCAUGUAUGAAGUCUGGUAUCAAGUUGUGUCUUUACCCCAACAUGGUAUAAUAAUUGUUGGAGAAAGAAAUGUUACAAAAGAAAAACCUAAUUUCUCACAAUACAUACUGAACAAAUUUGGAAUUGUGUACGUGCACGAUAAUUCUGAAUCACUUAAGGACAAUUUCACUUUUGCUGUUUGGUUAAACCUAAAGACCAAGUCUGCAACAAGGACCCAUAGUGAAGUUUUAGAAGAGAUGUUUAAUAUCACUGUUGUUCCAGUGAAUGAUCAACCACCAGAACUGAAGACUAAAAGACUGCACCUGAAAGUCCUGCAGGGAGAUGUGUCAGUGCUGGGCUCAGAGAAUCUGAAAGUUGAAGACCUAGACAACACCCCAGCAGAGCUCAAAUAUACUAUUGUUAGCAACCCCAACAAUGGUUAUUUAGCAAUGAAGAGCAAUCUCAGUGUCUCUGUACAGGAUUUCACACAAGCUGAUGUUGACAGUGGUAGGGUUUGGUUUGUACAAGAUGGAAGUUCUUCUUCUGGGGUGUUUUAUUUCAGUGUGACUGAUGGUAAACAUCGUCCUUUAUACAAACUUUUCAGUCUUGAAGUUGUACCAAUUGCUCUUGUCCUGGUCAACCUUACUGAUGUUGCACUUCCACAGGGCCAGACAUCUGUCACAGUUACUAACACACAGCUUUCUGCUGUCACAAAUGGAAAAAGCACUAAUAUCAUGUAUGAAAUAACUCAACCCCUCAAGUAUGGGCACCUGAUGAUUGAAAAUGAGCAGGUUAGUAAAUUUGAGCAGGCAGAUUUGAACUCAGGAAGACUGUCUUACCACCUGACAAAUUUCACUGUGUUCAAAGAAGUACUGGAGUUUAUGAUAUUCACUGUAGAAAGUAAUCUAACAGAACAAGUGCUGAACAUCACAAUGAAGCCUUUAGUGCAAGUUGUGUCUGACAUGCAGAUUUCAAAUCAAGCAGUUUAUAAACUCAAAAGCGAUGACCUGGAUGCUUCUGAGCUAGCUAAUUUAACAAACAGUAAUCCUAGAUUUGAAGUGAUAGUGCCCCCAGCUCAUGGAAGGAUUGUAAAAAAAAGGUUUGUGAAUGAUGCAGUGUUUGAAGAUGUUCAGACAUUCACCCAAACUGACAUUGAUGGAGGUGUUGUGCUUCUCAGUGUAGAUACGAAUAUGACAGGCAUUGAUCUGUUAAAUGAUUCAUUCACAUUUGUGCUCAGGGCAGAUAAUGUUCAGCCUGCUGUUGGCCAUUUUGAGUAUUCCAUAGUGCCAUGCAGUCCUUCUCUUGUGCAAAAUUUUAUAGCUGAAGUGCCUUUCAUAACUAGUAUGACCACUUUAAAGAUUCCAGCUACCUCAAAUGACAGGGUGCCAGUUUCCUCCCAUGAUAAAGUACCUACAGUAGCACCAAAGAAAACUGUCCCAGGCAUGUGGUUAGGUCGGAAACGCUGGGGAAAUCAACUUGAGGAACGUCCAUCGCUAAAUAUGGCAGUGGGAACAAGGGGAUCUGAAGGGACUGAGACCACAGAUCAGGUUAAUGCCAUGAGGUCCAGAGAGCAAGCAGCUGAAAGCAGCAACCUUUGGUACAUCAUUAUACCCCUGGUCCUGUUGUCUGUGUUACUCAUUAUUGCUGUUAUUUCUGUGUGCAUUUUGCUAAUGUGUCAGAAGAAAGAGAGGGCAAAACCACUUGUCAGAAAUCAAACAGACGUAGUCUUCAGUAGUCCAGGUCAUUGUCUGGAACGGAGCUUGACUGUACCCACUGUUACAGUGACCCCUCUCCUGAAGAGAGCUGAGGAAAGUACAUCCUCCUCACUGAUGGCAGUAAGACAUGAACAGCUGCUUCCUACAGUGCUUCCUCCGACUGUAGAACAGCCUUUGCAAAAUAGCUGGUUAAACCUAGAUCCUGAAAUGAUCCAAUAUUGUCGAAAAACAAAUCCAACUUUGAAGCGCAGUCAGUACUGGGUGUAGUUCAUGGCCAGCUUUGGUCAUGCCAAUUGGUGUAAUGUGGAAAGGAGAAUGUACCUUACUGACAUACAGUUCUUUAUUGUGCUUAUUUAUAAUAGGUCAAAUGGUGCAUUGUUUGUUAGGUGAAACCCAGAUAGCUUUGAAAUGAUAAAAGUCUUAUUGGUUACAGUGGACAUAAAUUGAGUUUUCUCACCUCAUCAAAUGCAGAACUUGUCCCCAUAGAUUUUUAGUGCACCUGGUGUAUGCAGUAUUUUUUAUUUUUCUUGACAAGGGGUAAAGUAAAAGCUACUGUCAUGGAUUAUAUCUAUUUUAACAUUAUUAUUAUUUUGAAGAACUAAGUUUGCUGUAAAGAUCCUGUGUUCUUUCCUGAACUGGUACUUCCAUUUUGAGAACUUUAAAGGCCACUGUUCAAAGGCCACUACUAAAGAAACAAAGCUGUGAUUAUUUUGCCAGGUGUUCAUCUGGGUCUGUGAGCUUGAAAUCUAGAAUUAAUUUCAGCAAUAAUUCUACAACAGCGGCAGUAAUUAAGGGUUCUGGUAAAACACUUACUGUGAGGUGGCUGUUUUUUGAUUGAUUGUUUUGUGUUUUCCUUACUUGUUGUUGAAGUCUAGCCUUUAAUGUCUGCAGACUGGCAAAAUGCAUCCAUGGCCUCUAAUCCACAUGGCAAAAACUGUGUCUCUGCCAGUCAAUCUGUCUGCUGAAUUAUAUUCCGGCUCAGUUUAUGUCUGGAAGAACAUAUCAAAUUUCCUGUUCCUUACUAAGGGCUAAGUUCUGCCUUCAGUGAAGCAAGCACAGCUCUCUUUGGGAUCUGUGCAUUCAAGCAGAUGAUAGUAUCAUCAAAUCCUUUGCUGCAAACUAGUUUGUGUGGUGGAGCUACUGACUGAAUGCUGUGACUAAAAACAUACUCUCUUGUGAAGGAUCACAAUUUACCCUUCAUCUCCCAGAAUGCAGGUCUUAUGUGCCUUAUGCCCUCUGACAAGUAAUACCUACUCUAAUUUAGCUGUUAGUUAAGAUGUGCAGUAAUUUCUCUGUAAAGAUAAAUUUUGUAUUUAUGAAAAUGAAUAGUGAUGUGCAGUCUCCUGUUAAGGUCCAUUCUUCCACUGAAAACAACAGCAAAAUUCUUAUUGACUUCAGAGUACAAAAUGACCACUGAACUUCUCAUAUAUUUUUGUACUUUGCUUUAACAGCUUCCAGUUGGCUUCUCUGUAAAAACGCUGUGUUCAGUCCAAAAAUCUCACUGCUCCAUUAUUAUUAUUAACACAGGAACAACAUUUUUGUUGUAGCUGAAUUACUGCUGUUUUUGCUUUUAUAGAAUCGAUGUAUGGGCCUAAAUAUACUUGGUGUUAUUAAUUUCACAGUACUUUGUUUUGGAUGUCUUUUUCUGUUGUUGAUUAACUGUGUUUCUGGCAUUUACAUAUUUCAGUUGGGGGAAAUGUUCGCCAGUGAGAAGGGCCAGACUAAAUCUCUGCUUACUGCUAUGUCCCAGGAGAUAAAUACUUGAGUAGCAUGCCCAGUCAGAGACAUUUUGAAGCAGUGCACUGUUCGGAGCCUGCUGCCAGGUCAGUGUCAGUGGAAAAUAUGCAGGCAACGUUUUCAGCUGUUUGAGUUAGUGGAGCACUAGUGACAAAAGAUACGAAGCUUUCAUAUGCUCAAACUAAAAUAUAUUCGAAGCCUAAUAUGCAAUUUUUGUUUCUAAUUAGCAUUUUGCCUUGAUGCCACUGUGAGCAGUCUUGAGAUCACCCACUACCAUGAGUGUAAAAGGUUGGGAUUUGAGGUGUUCCAGAUGGACUGCACAGGCCUGCAAUACAGGCCGUUUCUAGUUUAAAAAAGAAUCUUGGCUACUAUUUUAGAAACCAUCAGCCAGAGAGGUGGUGCUGUCAGCCAUCGCGGGGACACCCUAGCAUCUUUGUGGAGGUGCAAUUGUAUGUCUCCUGCCAUUUCCUGAGACCUUGUUUGCUGUCACCAAGCAAACAGCAACUUCCUCCAGAUCCCAGCUGUGAGCAGAGCAUUUGCAAUACCCUUCCUCCAAUGCCAUUUAGGCAGUAGCAGGAACCCGAUCCUUUGUAUCUUCUCCAAGGCUCCACUCCAAUAAAAAAUAAUAAUAAAGAGUUAUAAUCCAGUAGUUCCAUGACACUUAAAGAAGCAUGUCUCACAUUUCCCUAUCACUGAGACCUUCCUGUCAACAAAAAAAGAGAUGUCAUUCUCCGGUACCUACCGUGGAAUGAAGUUAUAUGCUUUCAGUGCAGUAUCAAAAUAUUGCUGACAAAGUUUUUGGUGACAAAGUCCACAUUGUAGACCACUGACAAGCUGAAUAAAAAUAUAGAGAUGAAAUAUGUGCUUAAGAGACUUUUUAAAGUCUCUUUUUUAUUAUUGUAAAGACAGGUAAGCGAGGUUGCUGUGUUUGUUGUGUCAUAGAGAUGGAACAUAGGGCUACUGCAAUGAUGGUGAUGGUAAAAAAUGAAGGCACAACAUAACAUCAAGUGAAUAAAAAAAACAGUAAUGCAAUUAGAACUUUGGAACUGGAUGGACCCUCUGAAUAUCUGUAUUUGUAUUCUCCAAGCAAGAAAUAAUACUUGAAAAAUGCAGAGAAGAAUGCUGAAUUUUUGCUGUCUUUUGUUUGUUCAUGUAAGCAUAAUGAACUAAACUUUUUCUCUGUUUCAGAAUUGCUUUUGCCUGACAAAGGAGUUUACUUCAAGUAGAACAGGCACUAUGAGUUGUGUUUUAAGUAUUGGGCUCACUUUCUAAAACAUUGACUUUUUUUUUUAAUGAAAACCUAAAGGCCUGAUUCAUCAGUGAUGUAUACCAGCAUUUAGUUUGCUCUCUCAGUGCUGCUGUAAUACAACUGUGCAAUAAUACUUGCCAUACUAUGGAACUUUUAGAAGAGAACUCUCUGUGGAGAAAUAUAUUGUAUCAGUGAUUGCUGGGUUUCAUAUAAAAUUCUCUCUUGUAAAAUUAUAAUUCAUAAUUACAUAUGGAUUCUACUUCAGUAUCA